GCGGCGUUCCAGGGCCCGCGCCUGCGCAGUGGGCGUGGGCUGGCGCGGGGAGGCGGAGGAUGCCCCUGAAGUUAUUUUUAAUGUCGGGCCGGCCGCGGGUGACGUAGCGCGGAGUUGGGGGCAGCGGCGCCCCGUCAGCCCCGGAGCCUCUUCGCCGCCGCCGCCGCCGCCAUGCAGGGAGCCCGGCCGGGGACGGAGGCCGCCUGAGCGCCGCGAUAAAAUGCACUUUGUCAUCCGGGGAGCGAGUUUGGAGCCGCUGCAUUUGGAGACGGUGGGCUGAGCCAUCAGCUCCGCCAGCACCUGGAAGGAAGCCGAGUCCGUGACGCUUUCUUCGUUCUCCGACAGACCCCAGACCCCUUGCCCCGACUUCAGAGGCAGGGGGCAGUCUCAGAAGAGUGAAGCCUUCUGUCCGUCAGGAAAGGCUGCUGUGUUGGGUUUUCUCAGUGUUUUCCUCCUUGGAGACUGUUUCACUAGUCUAGACAAUGCCAUGAAUGGCGGCAGUGCUUUUUGCUCACCAGCCAAGCACCCCGUGCCCCGUGGAGUUCGGUAGAGGGGGCCUCGGCCGCCCACGAUCUCGCCAUGGCUGGUAGCGGUUACACAGACCUGCGAGAGAAGCUGAAAUCAAUGAUGCCUUACCGGGACAACUACAAGAGCAGCGGCCAGAGGGACUCCUCUGAGCCUCCCUACGGUGCAGCCGGCGGAACCGCCAAGCGCAAAUACCGGAAGGACUCUGACUCAGAGCCCAGCGAUUGCGAGGAGCGCCAGCGGGAGGAAGAGGAGGCCAAGAAAGUGAAGAGCGGCAUCCAGCAGCUCCGCCUCUUCAGCCCCGAGGAGUGCACCAAGAUCGAAUCCCGCAUCGACGAGGUGGUUUCUCGGGCCGAGAAGGGGCUGUACAAAGAGCACACGGUGGACAGGGCCCCGCUCCGGAACAAGUACUUCUUCGGGGAGGGCUACACGUACGGGUCGCAGCUGCAGCGGCGGGGGCCCGGCCAGGAGCGGCUGUACCCCCAGGGGGAGGUGGACGUCAUUCCCGAGUGGGUCCACGACCUGGUCAUCCGGCGGCUGGUGGAGCACCGGGUCAUCCCGGAGGGCUUCGUGAACAGCGCCGUGAUCAACGACUACCAGCCGGGGGGCUGCAUCGUCUCCCACGUGGACCCCAUCCACAUUUUCGAGCGGCCCAUCGUCUCCGUGUCCUUCUUCAGCGACUCGGCCCUCUGCUUUGGCUGCAAGUUCCAGUUCAAGCCCAUCCGCGUCUCCGAGCCGGUCUUCUUCCUGCCCGUGAGAAGAGGGAGCGUCACUGUGCUCAGUGGUUAUGCAGCCGAUGAAAUUACACACUGCAUUCGGCCGCAAGACAUCAAGGAGAGAAGAGCCGUCAUCAUCCUUCGGAAAACCAGACUAGACGCCCCCCGGGUGGAGACGAGAUCCCUGAGCAGCUCCGUGCUGAUGCCUGGCUACGCCUCGGACCGCCUCUCUGGAAGCAACAGGGACCUCGUCUUGAAACCAAAGAGGUCUCAUCGCAAAGCAGAUCCAGAUGCCGCUCAUCGGCCUCGGAUUUUAGAAAUGGAUAAAGAAGAGAACAGACGGUCGGUCCUCUUGCCGAAGCACAGGAGGCGGAGUCACUUCAGUUCGGAGAACUAUUGGCGAAAGUCUUAUGAAUACACGGAGGACUUAGAUGAAGAAGAGGAGGACGGGAGCCCAGCCCGGAAAGUGAAAAUGAGGCGGCAUUGAGAGAGCGUCGUCUUCCUGUCCCCCACCCACCGUUCCUCCCCUGGGACUUGGAGCUGCGAGAUUGGCAUUCAGGCUGUGAAAUCUUAUUCCCCUUCCCUUCCCCUCCCACUGGCGAUUUCUCAUCCAGCUUCAUUUUGUAUCCCUCCUUCCUGGCCAUUCUGGAUUUUUUUUUCAAGGAAUAGCCGACAUGGAUCUGGCUUUCGCUUCGCUUCGUCUCACCACCAAGGCCGCCCCCGUGCCGACUGUCCUUUUUGGGGCCCCGCCGGGCAAGUGCGCACAUCCCCCAAAAAGGGGAGGGCCGCUUCCUUUCCCUCCCCCUCUUCUCCCCAGUCAAAAGCUGCGUUCUGCAAGGUGUUUGGGCUGGAGUGGAUUUAGCGUAUGCCAAAAAAAAAAAUGUUACGUCUUUUCAGUUUGCCGAAGGGUUAGAAAAAAUAUUCACCGUGCUCCGGCGCCACCGCUACUGCUUACCUGUCCAGAAUACAGCCUUCAAUCCCCCCCCCCCUUCUGAUCCCCACGCUGCAUGCUGCAAGAUGCUCUCUCUAGGGGAUGUCUUCGCUCCACCCGGCACCAAAGGGCUCCGGGUCUCUUAAGCUGGCUACCAUGUUGAUUUUACUUUUCCUCCUGUUGCUCUGUCUGAGAGGAAAUCUAAAGCUUGGCAAAUACCACCAUCCCUUUUUCUUUUUACGGCACACCUGAAGACAAAUACGUUUAGGACGUGUUGCACUUUAGCGUCAGGGUUUUAUUACCCCUUCUGUCCCCCUUCCCGUUCCCUUCCCAUCCCGGCUGGCAAGCACCUAUUUUUUUUCCUGCACUUCUAAUGAAAUAGGAUGCAGUCUUUGUGAAGGAUUCUCGGGCUCUCCACAGUGUUGGAGCAGCCUUCCGAGGUAGAGGGGCAGGAGCGAAGAGCAGAGAGCCGGGCGGCGGGCUGGAAGCCUUAGCUCUUUCAGAGCCCUUCACACUAACAGCAUAGGCCCCGAUCCACUGGGCACGUCUCCUGCACCCGCCUCGUUCCAGAGAAGGAGAAAAGCGCAACAGAGCUUGCGUUUGUUUUGUUUUGUUACGAGGUUUGCUCUGGAGACGUCCCCUGUGGCUUGCGCCUGUAACUUUUUUUGUUCUGGUCGUUUUUACAAAAAGAGAUGUCUGUUUUCACCUGAGGGUUGGGGCCCACUGGCCUUCUUGGGUGCCUGUCUUUUGAAGCAGACCGGUAUGGGGUAAUUGCAGGUUUUAAGAACCGGGGUUUGGGAAGAGGGGCCGGAUGUUUCUCGAACGUCCCGAGCAACACUCUGCGUCUCUGCUGCUUCUGGGAGUCACCUGCCUUCUGCCAAACAGGGAGGGUUCGCGCCAGCCCACGCGGCCAAUUCAGGAGGGCAGACAAACUGGCGGAGGUUGUUCUCGUCGAGCGUUGCGCUUCUGCAAGAUCUAGGCUCACGUGGCAAGCGCGCCAAUCCUUCCUUCCUUGGACUGCGAGGUCUCAAAUCCAAAGGCAGUUUUCCCUCAGGGUGCGUCAGCCUGCCCCUCUGAUCUGGUUAAUAACCAUUUAAAUCCUAUUGCUUACAUUUUGCGGCCCUAGCAAAUUAGCUUCUGUUACCACCAGUGUUUAAUUUUUAAAAAAUAUAUAUAUCAAUUCACCUCCCAACAGCUGUGCCUUUUGUUGUCCUAGGCUGAUGGGAGUUGUCACAGUUGGAGUCCCAGGUUGUUGCUUGGGACCUAAAUUUUAUUAAAAAAAAACACGUUUCCCCUUCUCCCCAAUUCUCCAAAUCCUGGUGUUUUGGGCACUCAAACACUAGUAACAGUAGACUGGAUUUUAAGUCUCUUUUUCUCGGCCGCAGGGUUUUCUUCUGUUUUCCCCCCAGUUCUCUGUGCCUUCUUACAAUCAGUAUAUCUAUUCAGUUUGUUCAGAACCAGAACAUGUGACAUAUAUUGUUCCUCACAUCACAGUGGGAAUUACUUUCUCGGGCAGAAGGCACCCGGCACCUCUACCUCCUUGCUCCCUCGCUGCCUUUUUAUUUUGGUGUUUUAACUCCGCCUCUUGUCAAGGAAAGCCCGUCAAGCGGAGGGCAGAGUUGGCAUUCUGGGGGCCAAGAGACGCGGCAGGUCUUCCACACUUUACUGCACGGCCUCGGGUGCGGUAGGGAUCCUUAGUGGACCCUUCCUCAGGCAGUGAGGCGAGGACGUGGGUCCCGCCAUUUUUAUUUUCGCCACGUGCACAUUACCCAUUGGUAAAAAUCAGCUUGUGGCGUCUGUUAUAGAGGGGUGCUAUCUUGCGCUUGGAAUUGUCUGCUGGGAUAAACCACUGCUGCUCCAAGUAAGACGCCAGAUUGGGGUUUGACUUUUCCAAAAGGAGGUGAGGCGGGGAGUAUCCCUCUCCUCCAUUUCUGGUCCAGACAGCGCACCAAUGAGUUCCCAGCAGUUCUAAGGUGGAAAAUGUUGACGGACUAGUCGAUUUCUAGUUUUUUAAUGCUGUUAGUGUGAGGUUUGGUGGUGGCGGCAGCUGCUGCUAAGGAAUCCGACCCCUUGUGUUUAAGCUGCCUUGAAAUAUUCACUGGCUCCCUCCUCUCACGAUCACCCGGCUUUUUUUUUUUUAAGCGCCAAAUGCAAUUUAAUGUCUCAGGAGGCAGAAUUCCUGUUUGCUCCGAAAGGUGGCCGGCACUUCUGCUCCCUCGCUCCUUUUCCCUCCCAAGCACACACUUAAGAUAAAAAAACUAAAUAGAAAAUAAAGCUCUGGCUGACGUUUGUGUUUUUUUUUUAAUAAAAUGAAAUCUAAUUUUUUUGUUACAAAUGAAAAAAACGUGGCAAUAUUUUUUUCUGUAACUUUUCAUAGGACAAAAGUGUGAUUUGUAAACAAAUUGUACAGUUCUGAAGUUUGAGAUACGCAAAAUUAAAAAAAAAUAACCGUACUGCGUGGGGCACGCUGUAAAUGGGGGCGGGCGGGAUGGGGAGAGAUUAUUUUCCGUACAGUACAGUGUAUUUGGGGAGAAAUCUUUUAAUUCUGGUUGAUUUAGGAAGAACUAUAGUUCCCUGUCAGGGUUUGAAAUCUUUUUUUUCCUUGUAUAGAAUGCUGCAUUUAAGUAAAUAAAAUCAAAGCAUCACUUGA